CAAGCAGUCAAGUUGGUCUGAGUAAGGUAAAAUUUCAGAUAUAUCGGUAAAAAAUGGAUUCAACUGCAGACUCUCAGUUUGAGUUUUUUGAGAAGAUAAGGGACUCUAAAUUUCCGAAGUCAAAAGUGUCGCUUAAGGAUUUGGAAGACAUGGAUGAAUUAAAAACAAAAAAUCGUUUAGACUCCAUGUUGACAGAUAUACAGAUAAACCAAGACCUGGUAACCCUAGGUAUUUGGGAGCACCAAUUCCUUAAACAAAUCGAUCUUCUAAAAGUGAUGUACGAGAAGGAGGUGGUGCACAGAGCAGUGUACAGGUAUGAAAAAUACUGGAUGCCUCUUCUCUCAAGUUUAUCUUCCACAGCAGUUAGAGAUUUAGAUUUUGUUCCACCCAUAGAUGUUCAUUGGGUUUGGCACGUGCACAUGCUUGCCCCUGUAGCAUACAGACAAGAUUGCACAGCUGUAGUGGGUAGGGUGCUAGGACACAGACUACGAAGUCUCGAAGAUUUGGCAAUUCUCAGAGAACGAACGAAAUUAAUCUGGGAGAAAGAAUAUCCUAAUGAACCAUUCGACUUAGAUUUUGAAAAAGAAAUUAAGACAGAUGAUGUUAAAAAUGGUCUGGAGUCUAAGUUUGGAUACAAUAUUGAAGAUGCUGCCGCUAGACAACGAUCUUUCUACUACCAGGUCUCUUUACCCCACUACGCUGACCCUGAGUUCCAUGAAGGGAGUGUGCGCCGCUAUAAAAUGUACCUCAGAUUGAAAAAGAAAAAUCCUGAAACCUUCCUGGUCCCUUGUUAUGAUAUGGAUAUAAUUUGGCAUGCACAUCAGGUGCACCCUACCGAAUACAACAAUGACAUGUUGUCUAUCCUUGGGUUUGUUCUAAAGCAUGAUGAUUCUGUAAAUGACAGGUCUGAAGGUUCUAAACUGAAUAAUGCUGACGAGAUUACCAGAGGUUUAUGGCAUGAAGAAUAUCUAGUUCACUUUGCUAGACCUGGUUCUAUGUUUAGGGGUAAUCCACCACAGGGCAAACUGUUUGGUAUCAGCCUUGAUUUUCAGCAAAGUUUGCUGGCCCCUAGAGAGAUGGAUGUUACAGUGUCCAGUGUUAAGAUCAGUGAUCUACCUGAUAUGAAUGAUUCAAGUGUUGAGCUCUCAGUCCAACUGGAAACUGGAACAGGAAACCAGAAUUUGAAGAAGAAGAAAACAGAUAUUUAUUCCAAUGUUCUCAGUGUUACUGAUGAGAACAAUGUUGAAGCCAUGAAUUCUGAAGGCUUGGUUCAGUUCAAAGCCACAAAUACGAGUCAACCCAAACUAAAUAUACGAGCCGGGAAACCUGGAAAAAAAUCAGGAGUUGCAGCCUGGUUCUCUUGCAACCCGAGGCGUGAGAAUAUUGCGCAAUCUGAAGUUCCCAUUGAUGUGUUCUCUCUAGCAGG